AUGUACUACCAACCUGCAUUAGAACACAUCAGAAGAAAAGGAGAUCAACUUAUGAUCUAUACAGAUGGGCAAAAAAAUAACACUGGAGUAGAAGCUUCAGCAUUCUCAAGAGAUAAAUUAGUAAAGAUAAAUCUUCCCCCAAUAUCAUCAGUAUGCACUGCUGAACUCGCAGCCAUACGAAUAGAACUAGACAUAAUAUCUGAAAAGAGAGCAAUUUCCACCAUCAUUUUCAGUGACUUGCGAAGUGUUAUUGAUGCUAUAAGCAAGUACAAGUCUCCAAAUCACCUUGUACAAGAAAUCCAAAUAAAAAUACGACUUAUUCAAUCAAGAAUAUUAAUAAAAAUAUGCUGGAUUCCAGCACAUGUGGGAAUUGAAGGAAACGAAAAAGCAGAUACAGCUGCCAAAUUAUAG